ACCUCUGAGGAAGGGCGAGAGGGGACCGUGUCCGAGCAAACCGCACCUUGGCUUGUGACUUCUAGCCAAACCCCACUUCAUGCUGAGCCCAGUGCUCUUUGCCUGGGAGCAGCUGCUCUGCUCGGGUGUUUGCUGGGGAGCUAGCCGUGGUCUGCUUCAGUCUCUCUGAUGUGUGUGUUUACAUUUCCCAUCUCAAACGGUAAAGGAACACCCCUUGUCAAUGCAACAUGUCCCAUAGUGUGUGUUCAGCCAACCUCUCCUCUGAUGGACUGCCCUGAAGUUAGACGUUUCCUGGCUACCACUUCAACAAUUGAGCUGAAUCCAGUGUUUUUAAAAUGGGUCUAGGUAGAGAACUGUGGGUUCUUGUUCUGGGAAGAUUUCCAACUGAACAUACAAUUGGCAUACCGGAGUUCAAGUAUAUUGCCAAUAUGCAUGGGGAUGAGACUGUUGGGAGGGAGCUGCUGCUCCAUUUGAUAGACUUCCUGGUCACCAAUGAUAAGAGCGAUCCGGUUGUUACAAAGCUAAUUGAUAGUACUCGGAUUCAUAUCAUGCCAUCAAUGAACCCAGAUGGAUUUGAAGCUACAACGGAGCCUGAUUGUUUUUACUCAGAAGGACGGUUCAACAAGAAUGGGAAAGAUCUGAAUAGGAAUUUCCCUGAUGUCUUCAGCAGUAACAAUGUCACAAUCCAGCCAGAGACUCAAGCCGUGAUAAAUUGGAUAAAAGACGAGUCAUUUGUGCUUUCCGCUAACUUGCAUGGUGGAGCACUGGUUGCCAGUUACACAUUUGAUAAUGGUAACCCAGCUAUUGGCUCUUUAGAAGACUAUAGCAGAUCCCCAGAUGAUGAUGUUUUCAUACACCUUGCAAAAAUCUACUCUUCCAACCAUGCCAGCAUGUACAAAGGGAAUCAGUGUGAGAAUAAACCAGUCUUUCCACAUGGCAUUACAAAUGGGUAUGCCUGGUAUCAACUGCAAGGUGGGAUGCAGGACUACAACUACAUCUGGGGACAAUGUUUUGAAAUUACAUUGGAGCUGUCAUGUUGUAAAUAUCCACCAGCAAGUCAACUUCACGCCUUCUGGAAUGACAACAAAGCUGCUUUAAUUGAAUACAUUAAACAAGUUCAUCUCGGUAUCAAAGGUCAAGUUCUUGACAGGAAUGGACAGCCUAUGCCAAAUGUAAUAGUGGAAGCCAAAGGAAGGGAACAUAUCUGUCCUUAUCGAACCAAUCAAUAUGGAGAGUAUUACCUUCUCCUCCUGCCUGGAAGCUAUGUGAUUAAUGCUACAGUACCCGGAUCUGGAUCAAUACUAAAGACACUGGCAGUAACAAAUGGUCCUGAAAACUUCCAAGCUUUGAAAUAUGACUUUACUUUCCCAGAGGUCUCCGUCACAGCAAGAGAUGCUGCAUGCCCUACCAAACCUCUUUAUCAGCAUUUUGAAAGUUUUUCAGCAGCAGUAAAGCCUACUUUGCAUUUCUUGGCUUUAAUGAUUGUUUUGUAUACAGUUUUCAAAUAAAGCCAAAGAUGAAUUAGGUGAAACUUGAAGGCAAUCAAACACAUCAGUGCACAAAUGUGUUUUUAAAAGCUAAAAGUUGUUGUGCAAAAAAGAGUGUAUAUUAUUGUAUAAUUGAAUGCCUAUGAUUUUUAAAAUCAAGUUUACUAUAUUUUAAAAAUAUUGGCUA